ACAAACAACUGUUUGUCGCAACUUUGUCUUGUGUCGUCUUCUUAAACUCACGAUCAGUAUUAUUACGAAACUUGUCACACUCUCUGGAGGUGCUGAAAAGUGAAAACGCUGCAAGUACCGGUUUGAAUCUUGAGGAACCGUGGUGACAAAUUAUCCUAGUAAAUCGGCAAAAUAGGAACCUCGAAUAUAUUCGCGCGUAAACCCGCGAAAAUCGUCGAAAUCGCGAGUUCUUUUGAAAAAAAAUCACCAUUGAUCUUGCCGGAUUCGCAAAUUUUGGGAUUAAUUUCAGUGGGCAACCAGUCAUAUUCUUGUGAGAGGGCAUGCAAAAAAAUGUAAGAAUGCUCGACAGCUCGUAUCAUUAGGACGAAAAAAAUCUGUUACCUUUUCCCCCUACUACAUUAUGUGCUAAUGUUUUUAAACCAAUACAUUAGGUAUGUGCUAAUGUUUUUGAACCAAUAAUCACUGAAAAUUAGAUUUGUGUGUAAAUUCAGGAACUUGAAGCCUUUCAAACGACAGGCAAUUUUCCAGAUCCAGGUCCCUUGUCAAUGACUUCGGCGUUUCUAGCUAAGCAAGUGGAUGUAGAAUUUGCAACCUAAGAGGGGUGCAGAAUGGCCAUCAACCGAGGUAUAGUCUCCAGCGAUGGAGUGGUGCGCUCUUCGUCUCCUGAUGUGGAGAUCCCAGAUCAGGAUUUCCCAACUUUCAUCUGGAGUCGAGCCAUCGAAUACGCGGAUCGACCAGCACUGACUUGUGGUUUGACAAAGAGAAAUUACACGUUUUCGGAGGCUCGAUCCCUCAGCCGUCGCUUUGGUGCGUCUUUGUUGGAUAAAGGACUCAAUCCUGGGGAUGUGUUAGCAAUAAUGCUACCCAACGCUAUAGACUAUCCAAUCGUACUUCUCGGAGCUCUUGAAGCCGGACUUCUGGUCACGACGAUCGACCCAGCUUUCAAAAAGAACGAAUUAUCACUCCAGGUCCGCACGACAGACGCUAAGGUAAUUGUAACAAUACCCACGGUCGUUCCUUUGGUAAAAGCUGUGCUAGAAGAGUUAGGAGUAACGAUGCCCAUCAUCCUGGUCAACUUGAGAGGACAAGAAACGGGGCAUGAUAUCUGGAGCUACCGGGAUCUGAUCUCCAGAAGCGACGGCAGCGACACCCAGCGGCAAUGGCCGCAAAUCUCGCCUGACGACAUCGCGAUACUCCUCAGCUCGAGUGGUACUACCGGUGAGCGAAAAAUGGUAGCCAGGACGCAUAAGAAUACCAUCGCUACCAUGGUUCUGUCGAGCGUCUAUGGAAAAAGUCGUAUUAUUUCUGGCUCAGUCGGGAAUGACCAACAUUCACUCCUAAUGGCAGCGUCUCUCAGUCACUUAUCCGGGCAACUCCUUGUUUGGUCAGGUCUGAUUAAUGGUGCUAAUAAUUUCAUCUUGCCCGUGUGCGAGCCAGAGCCUUUGAUUAAUGCCCUUACUGAACAGAAACCUUUGAGCGUUACUUGCUUCUUGUAUCCUGUGAUGUUCUCUGAGCUGAAUGCACUGGUCAAAACGGAUGAUCUUGAACCCUUGCGUCUCAUUCUGACAGGGUGCAGCUCAUUUAUCCCGGCACAUGUCAACGCAUUCCUUGCCAAACUGCCGAAUCGGGAGAAAGCUAGUUUUUACUCCGUUUUCGGCUUGACCGAGGUGUUGCCUUUAUUCAUGGCGCUGCAAAACGACCAAAACCCCCUGAACUUGGGGUACCCAGAGCCCAACACAGAAUUGAAAGUCAUCGAUGCUCGUGGGAAAAGUCUCGGGCCUGGAGAGGUAGGCGAGCUGUGCGUUCGGGGACCCCAGGUGAUGAAAGGUUACUUCAACAAUGAAAAAGCAACUCAGGAUACUUUCGAUGGUGACUGGUUCAAAACCGGAGACACGGUUUACUACGACGAGGAUGGUAUGUUUCACUUGGCUGGUAGAUCAAAAGAUCUCAUCAAAGUCGGCGGACGUUCGGUUUCGCCGUCAGAAUUGGAAUUCGUCCUGCUGAGCCACCCGAAGAUAGCAGACGCAGGAGUAGUAGGAGUGCCUGAUGACACCGUAGGGGAAAAGCCAGUGGCGUUUGUGGUCCCAAAACCAGGCGUGGAAAUCGACCCUCGAGAGAUUCAAGCCUUCGUUUCAUCGGAGUUAGCACCGCACAAAGCCCUGAGUCGCGUCAUCGUAACAGACGCGCUACCCCGGAACUCGAUCGGGAAAAUGCUCAAAAGAGUUUUGAAAGAGUUAUUGUGCUCGAAAGGCUUAUGAUUGAGCUAGGAAGAAUUUUCGUGGGUCAGUACACUGAUAAAAAUAUUUGUAUUCUCGUGUUACUUUUGGUUGAUACAGGGUGACCCAGAGUUGAAUGACCAGACUCCAGGAGCGUGUUCUAUGAGUCAAAAUCAGACUUUUUUGUUGUAUGAAGUUUUUUCAAAAGUGCCCCUAGUCUGAGCGCCGCGACGGCCCCCCUAAAUUUCGGAAAGUAAAUCGUUUUUCCUGAAUUUUGACAACGGUUGUGAACCAAAUCUCAUAGAAAUUUGAAUUCCCCUGUACUUUUAUACCCUGAAUUCAUGAAUGAUCUAAAAAAAAAA